CCAUCCCUACAAUCAACUAAACAAUGGUUUGGGGGAAAGAUAAAAUCUCGGAGAGGCAGGAGAUGGGAGAACCUCCUUCGCCCAAAAAACAAAAGACGGAAGAUCGACCUGAUCAUCAUGACGAGCAGGUGGAGGUUGGUGCGGCAGAUCCGCCGCCAUCGUCAUCUUUUUCUUCUAGUGUGAGUCCGGCGCCGGUGGUAUCUCCGGAGAGGAACCUGCUGGAUUCAGGAGCACCUGAUCAAGAGGUGGCUGUGGGAGAUGAGUCGUUCGAGGAACCGUCUAGUCCUAUGUCCUGGUUGGGACUAGAUCCUGAGAGCCCAUGGCACGAGAUAGUUAUGAAGUCGAUGAAUACUGAUUUUGGUUCUUCUUCGGAAGACGAGGACGGAGAUCUAAAGCCCGAGGAGGAAGAAAGGAUGAAAAGGGACACUCUAGGCCUUGCUGAUAUAGCUAUAGAAUACUACAACAAGACGGAAUGCGUGAGUUAUGUGUUUGACAAGCCCUUUCUUUGCCGUUGCAUUCUCUUUGAGCUUGUGAUGGUUUUCCAUUUCAACUUCACCGCCAAGGAAGGGAACAACCCUUCCAGUCCGUUGUUUUUUGCUGAGGCCAUCAGAUUCUACGGGGGAGAUUUCAACAUUCUCAAAUGUGUCAAGUUGGAUACUUCUACUGGAGACAGUAAUGGUGUCCGCAAUGGUUGCAUCUAUUGCCGUAAAGAAAUUAAACAUCCUCCUGUGGGAAUAUGCGAGUUUGGUGUGAACGAGAUUGAUGAUUACAAAAACUUAGAAAGACAAAUGAAAGCAAACACCAGUCCAUGACCAAGGAAGAAGCUGACUGACUGCCACCAUUACCUCUCCUUCCCAUACCCCAGAUGCCGACCGACCUGCUCAACUAGAUCCCUAAUGUUGAUACCACAUACAUGGCCUUCAUCUUUGAUGUCUCGGACUCUCGGGGGCAACGUAUUUGUGACUGCCAAGGGAUGAUAUUGAUCUGGCUUCGGUUGCAGUGGCAGUGGCAGCAUUUCAAAGCACCAUUGUCCUCUUUUCGUAACUUGAAUAUAUAAGUAUCUAAUAAAAGAAUUAUUUAAUAAAAAAUAAUUAUUUAAUAAAAAAUAAUUAUAUCUAAAUAAUUCAUUCAUAAAUUAAAAAUAACCGAUUAUACUAUCAAAACUAGUGGGAUUGCCGUUGUCGCUAGACAAUUUCAGGGUUGUUGGGGAAAGAUCGAAUAGGCAUAAGGAGAAAAGAGACCCGAUUAGUUCUUUAUUGCAAUUGGAAUUUCGUUUAUUGUAUAAUAAAUUAAUUUUAUGUCAAGUUUGGACAAGUAAUGAGUUGUGUUUUAGUGACAAAG